AUGUGUUACGGAAUCCUCUACGGUGUCUCUGAGGCCACGCUGAAGAAGUAUCGCGGUUGGGCCAACGAGUACAAGCGGUUCAUGGCUCACGAGCUGCCUAAACUAGACGCGGGUAGGUUUGGUGAUGAGGCCGCGCUGAGAAACGCGAACCCCGACGAGAUUGGGGCCGCGCUCGAACAGAACAUGGGUGGUGACUGGAAGAUGGCGGAGAGCGAGGAGCAGUGGUUCCACGGCCCUGAGACGAAUCCGUGGCGCUUACGCAAAUGCGUGACCUUCCUCGCGAACGAGACAGUUGCGCAGGCGGACAGGAUGGCCACACUCAAGCGGCCGCAGAAGACCUUGAAGAAGAGACGCCAGUGCACCCCGGCAAUGCUGAUGGGGCGUCUCAAGGCUUUGAACCUGCUCAUCAAGCUGGACGGGGCCAUCUUCAGGAAGCCCAAUCUGAACCUGCUGCGCGACUUUGCGGAGUGUCGCAUCUGGGUUCGCGUUCAAGUACGCGACCAAUACAAGCGGUUUAUCGCGACGGGCAAGACAAACAAGGACUUCUCGCUUAACUACAUAUCUGCUGUGAGGCACAUCGAUUGGACGCUGUGCGCGGUCGGAGCCACGCUGCUGUGGCUGCACUGGGUGUACGACUUGGUUCCCAUCCUCUAUGAGGACAUAGCCCCCCCUCUCGACUUCACGGAACCCUCCACGUGGUACGAUCAAUACCUGUUCUUCCCCCUUCGCGCGGGCAACGAGAAGCAAAUACCGCCCACGACUCAUCACGACUGGGCGGCGAAAAUACUCCAAGACGCGGGAAUCACAUGCUCGCGUGCGGUACACGCGACCAGGGCUGGGGGGGCGCAGCACGCGUCCGCGGACGAAAUGCCUUCGGAUCAGCUGGCGAGGCUGGGAGGUUGGCGCUUCAUCGACGUGAUGACUAAGCACUACCUCACAACCAUUCCAAGGGAGGCCGUGCUGCUGAAGGCGGGCUUCACCGGGGUUGACGAUGACUACUUCCUGGGUCGCGCAACUCUUCCGGUCAGCAAUAAGCUGGAUGAGCUACUGAGGAAGCACAUUUUCCCAUGGGUCGCCGCGGACAAAGGACAGCAACAGUGCAAGGAUUACAACCGCAGGAUGGUGAAAAUGCAGAAGCCGGAGAAGCAGGACACCGUGGGGCUAAACAUACUGAAGGAGCUGGAUGGGGACGCUACGAUGGCGGUCGCGCAAGACCUGGCGAUGUAUUACAUCCACCAGCCGCGACACCCGUACGUGGUCAACAAUCCGCUCUGCCAGACGGAGGAAUUUGCGUCGUGGGCUGCAGAUGUCUCAUUGGCAAAUCAACUCGCCAUAGUACAGCGCAACACACCUACACUGAUCCAGCCCGCAGAGGUGAGUACCAGAAUGGACGCGCAGAACCAAGUGACCGUCCUCACUGAGUACUUGACUCGUUCACAAGCGGAGAACACCAGAUUGGGCCUAGAGUUGGUCGCGACUCAUAAACGGGUGAAAGAGCUGGAGGGGCUGCUGGAGGAUCGCGAUCGGAAACUGGCCGAGAAGGAGGAGCGCGUGAAUGAUUUGGAGGCUCAGCUGUCAUGGCUCACCGUGAGCAGCUCAGGGCCGACCGCGGUUCCGAACCAGGCAACCACUCCUGGAGCCGCGGCCGCGUCGACCAAUGCCACAACUCCCACCGAGCAGGGGACGCGGAAGAAACCCGCAGCGCCCACCAGGGAACAGACAAUUCGGGACGCGAUCGUCCUUCCAUGGGUCAACGCCACCAAACCGUCAGACGGAUGGAAGCUGUACAAGACAACGCACCCGCUGAUCCUCGAGAGUCCAGAGUCGCUUCUGGCCCAGCCCCGCGGCGCAGUUACGCGAAUGGCCGCGCUCAUUGGGGAGGAGGGAGGCGGCCAGAACGCGAUAAACCGUGUUAAGCGAAUCAUGAACUUCAUCGCCCACAGGGUGGAGCAAGGAGACGACAUCGCGGUAGUGCUCGACAAGCUCGACCUCAUGUCAGGUGCUGUGGGCAUGUCGGGUAUAUCGGAAGGGAUCGCGGUAAAGAAGAAGAGUGUUGACCUGGAACUAAGCCAGCUGAAGAAGGGUUCUCCGGUGGAGGUGCAGUUGCGUGUGAAAUGGAUGCUUGUUCGCGACCGUCUCAUCAAUGCCUCACUUCCCGUAUCUGAGUUCACAGUCGCGUGGCCCCAGUACUGUGCGCUAAUGCCAGACUUGCUGCAGAGGGUAAGAGCUACAUAG